AUGUCGAGUCACAUCCUCAACCAGCCGCACUAUCUAACCACUUACGUCGAUCAUGAAAAACGACUUAAAGACGACAUGACGAACCUACUCAAGAAGGUCCUCGCUGAAAAUCCUGGUAUCAAGCAUGACGACGCCAUCCGAAAAGUGCAGGAACUCAUGCUCCAAAACAAUCCCUACGUACCGCCCAAGGACGGACGAUGUAUCAUCAACGAACUCCCCGUCGAAUUGUUGGCAUACAUUUUCAGAGUUGGCGUGUGGUUACAAGAGGAAGGUUCGGACGAUGACUUUGAAGAAGUAACGAGCUUGGAGGAGAGGAAGGGAUUCCAGGAGGAGCUGACGAGGGUGAGGGAAGAGGGGAAGAAGGGAAGCGGAGAAGGGGACAAGAUGGAGGAAGAUAAACCUGAAGCAGUGAUUGAGGUUGUGGAUGAUGACGGGAAUGAUGAUGAAUGGGAGGACGAGCCUAGUGAGCACAGCAGUGAUGGGUCGGAGACGGGAAGUGAGGACGACGAGGGCGAUGAAGAAGAGGAGGAAGAGGAAGAGGUUCCGUUCCAGAUUCUCGUCUCGCAUGUCUGCAGACAAUGGCGAGAGACCGCUCUCAACACCCCCAGACUCUGGAGGCGCAUAUCUGUCGCUGGACCUCCGAAAUGGGAUCUCUACGAAGCCUACCUUCAGCGUUCAAAAGGCCAGCCUCUCAUCAUCGAGAUUGACGGCUCUAUUCCGGAGGACUUCGAUGCUGACGACCACCCUGACCACCCCGAUUACGUCGAAUACUCUGACCCCAACUGGGGACCCGAUGAGCGCCCAGAGGGCCCUCCACCCUUCCUAUCUUCAAAACAAGUUAGAAGAGCAUUCGAUAUGAUCAUUCCUCAUGUAGAUCGCUGGUAUGAUGUCGAUAUCGUGCUGGGACAACAUGACGACAUGCACGAGCUUCUUCAACGUAUCGCAGCACUUCCAGGAGCCCCGAUGCUGGAAUAUCUGCAUCUACAUGACGAAGACCUUUGCGACAACUAUGGCGUCGAGGUGGACGAGGACGAGGAGCCCAUCGAAUGGCAUUUAGAAAGCCCCACCCUGCCGUUCAGCGGGAAUGCACCGAGGCUCCUGGGCGUCAGCCUGUGGGGUGUGCACGUUGAUUGGGACCGUGCUGUUUCCCUCUUCCAGAACCUGACACAUCUCAACUUGGCCAUCCUCUUCAAACGACCGUCGUGGAAGACAUUCGCCACCUACCUGAAGAACUCUCCUCAACUGGAAAGCUUGGAGCUCGACAAUGCAGGUCCUUCACUGGAGAAUGGUGGUCUAUUGCCAGUGGUGCCAGCCACACCGGCAACUGGACUUCCCUCCGCAUACUACACGCCCGCAACAGCUGUUCCACCAGAGGCAUCCGAAGAAAACCCAUGGGAAUGGCCCCAUUACCCGCUCGAGGUGUCGUCCAUUCGCCAUGUCUCACUCGCGAACCACGAGCCGUACUACGCGCAUGCCCUUGCCACCAAACUCUUCUUCCCCAACAUCAAGACCUUGACGCUGGACUACGAGAAUGGAGACUUUAACGAUAUCGUCGACGUCUACACCACCCAUCUGCGGGGCACGUCGACCCGGCGAAGUAUGUUCCAAUUGUUGGAGGAUUUCACGAUCAAGUCAUUGGGAAGUGUCAGCGAGGAGAAGGUGGAUGCAAUGAUCGGCUCUCUCAGCGAACUCCAAAGUCUGUCGUUAGGCAUUCCAGUGACUUACGAUUUGGAAGUACCCGGGAAGAUCUGGGAGAAGAUGGUAGAGAAUGCGAAGACGGUCAAAACACUAGUCAAGAGUGCGGAAGAAGCCAAAGCAAAGGAACCGUCGUCACCCCAAAAGCCUCAAGCCGCAAGGUCUCCGGUUGCAGGGCCAUCGACUCAGCCUUUGUCGAUCGUCCCUCCGGAUCCCAGCGCGCCUCUUCCAUCCACAUUGCCAGCAGCACCUUCGACGCCGACGCCCGCGCCAGAAGUCCAUCCCAACUUGCUGUUCCCUCGACUUAAACACCUCGAGACUCGCGACAUAUCAAGCGCCGACGUCCGAGAGUUCGUCGAAUUGCGUAAAGAAAUCGGCGCUCCGUUGAAACGGCUUGCGAUGCACAGAGAUUCGGACAUUCGUACCCGGGACGAACGCUGGUUCCGUAGCAAUCUGGAGGAGUUUGACAUCUUCAGCGACAGUGACUACACAGAUGUGGAGGACUUUGAUGAUGAGGACUUGGACUUUGACGAGGAUGUCGAGGAGUGGGAACCUGAUGAGGACGAUGGAGACGAUGACGGUCCUGAUGAGGACGACGAGUGGGAAGAUUACAGUGGCGACGAUGACGACGACGAUGAUAUGGCGGAUGAGGACGGUGGAGGUGGACGUAUUCAGCGGGCUCGAGGAAUUCCGCGUGUUAGUGGGCAGGGCGCUGUAGGUAGUUCCACGACAACGGGUUUAUCAGAGUUGGAUUAG